GCUUGACAUAUUACCUACCUACCUACCUUACUUAGGUACACUCUCAUCAUCCCGAAGAACUUACCAAACAGGAGCCUACAGCAUCAAUCGCACCAAUCCAGAGAGCACUACAACAACGACGACCAUGUCCACCCAAACGAUGCAGGCCACGAAGGUCAGCGUGACAGACGACAUUCCAAUUCCUCGUGGCGAAGCGCAUUCGACCCUCGUCUUCUACGCUCCACCGGCAGACGGCGGCGUACCAUUCAACUACAUCGAAACCCCUCCACCAGGUCUACCUCAGCGCAAUUUUGGAGAAGAUAGCCACGAGAUCACUCUGCAAGACAUUCGCGGCCGAGAGAGUGAGUUCGAUAUGAACGAAAGAGGGUUUGGAGUGUUGCAGAACGUAUCCAGCGGAAUGCAGAAUGCAGAUUUCAAUCAUGACGAGAAGAUUGAGAAGACAUACUAUCCAGAAGUCGAGAGCCUCCUGCUCGACAAAGUGCCAGGCGCAAAGAGAGUGUUCAUAUUUGAUCACACGGUGCGGAGAAGUGAUCCGAACGCUAAGCGAGCACCCGUCAACAGGGCUCACAUUGACCAAACGACCAAGUCCGCGAACCUGCGUGUGGAUUAUCACAUGGGCGACGAGGCCGAGGCGCUUAAGAACGACCGCGUACGCCUGAUCAAUGUUUGGAGGCCACUGAACGGUCCCGUCGUCGCGUCCCCGCUCGCAUAUGCGGAUUCGAGAACGGUACCGGAUGACGAUAUCGUUCCGGUCGAGCACAGAUAUCCUCACCGGACGGGCGAGACGGCAGGCGUGAAGUAUACACCCAAUGGACAGUGGUACUAUUGGAGUGGAAUGAAGAAUGAUGAACGCAUUCUACUCCAGUGCUAUGACAGCAAGGAUGGCGCUCGAACGCCUCACUCUGCGUUUGUGGACCCCAGGACAAAGCCGGACUGGCCAGGCCGAGAGUCUAUCGAGGUUAGAGCUUUGGUAUUUGGUUGAAAAAGGUUGUUGUCAAUGCACAUGUAUGAUGGAUGUACUGAGUGGUUUGCUGGCCUAGGUAGCCUAUAAUGAAUGAAAUGAUUGCACGAGACAACCG